AUGGCUAGUCGUCCUGGUGCAAGGAGCCAGGAAGGCAUGUAUGUCUCCUCGUCUCCCCCCUCCUCCGACCCCCACGACCCCUUCAGCAAUGCCCAGGCGACCGACUCCAGAUACUACGAUAACGACUCCGACAACUAUGGUCGCCGGGACACCUAUCUGUCGGAUAGUAGCAACAACGGCGUGAAUGACGAUGAUCGCUACUAUGGCUCGUACGACCCCUACGGCCCACAGCCUGAUACUGACUCCGAGGUGGACGUGUAUGGUGCAAAGUACGCCCCAUCUGCCGAGUCCUUGGGCCCGCCUCGCAUGGGCGUGUCUGAAGCAUCAACUCCAACUUUUGGCGACCCAAACGGGGCAUCUAGCGCUCGUGAACCCUACCCAUCCUGGAGUUCCGAACGACAGAUCCCUUUGUCAAAGGAAGAGAUUGAGGAUAUUUUUUUGGACCUUACGCAGAAGUUCGGAUUCCAGCGUGAUUCAAUGCGAAACAUGUUCGACUUUACGAUGCACUUAUUGGACAGUCGAGCCUCGCGCAUGUCGCCAAAUCAGGCGCUGCUGACCCUUCAUGCGGAUUACAUCGGUGGCCAGCACGCUAACUACCGAAAGUGGUACUUUGCGGCACAGCUGGACCUUGAUGACGCCGUGGGGCAAGUACAGAAUCCGGGCUUCCAGCGGCUCAAAUCGGUCAAGAAGACUGGUGGGAAACCGAAGAGUGCGCCUGAGAAGUCUCUCAACAGUGCAAUGGACCGAUGGCGUCAAGCAAUGAACAAUAUGAGCCAGUACGACCGCAUGCGCCAGAUUGCGCUGUGGCUAUUGUGCUGGGGAGAAGCGGCGCAAGUCCGCUUCGUUCCUGAGUGUCUAUGUUUCAUCUUCAAGUGCGCUGACGACUACUACCGAUCGCCCGAGUGUCAAAACCGAGUAGAUUCGGUGCCUGAGGGGUUAUAUCUCCGUUCGGUCGUGAAGCCUUUGUACAGAUUCAUCCGGGACCAAGGGUACGAAGUUGUCGACGGCAAAUUUGUGCGGAGGGAGCGCGAUCACGAAAGCAUAAUUGGGUAUGACGAUGUGAACCAGCUGUUUUGGUACCCCGAGGGUAUCGCUCGCAUUGUGCUGAAUGACAAGACACGACUGGUCGACUUGCCGCCAGCGCAACGGUUUAUGAAGUUCGACAGGGUCGACUGGAACCGAGCCUUCUUCAAGACGUACUACGAGAAACGUUCAUUCGGGCAUCUGCUAGUCAACUUCAAUCGUGUCUGGGUUAUCCACAUCGCGAUGUACUUCUUCUACACAGCAUACAACUCGCCUACCAUCUACAACGGUGACAACAGGCCUGCCAUGAGGUGGUCUGCGACAGCGCUGGGAGGUGCGGUGGCCACAGGAAUUAUGAUUUGCGCUACUCUUGCCGAGUUCUCGUAUAUUCCUACAACAUGGAAUAACACAUCACAUCUUACUCGACGUCUCCUGUUUUUGCUUGUCACUUUGGCUCUCACUGGCGGUCCCACCAUCUACGUUGCGAUUGCAGAAAGCACCAAUUCCGGCACGUCAUUAGCGUUGAUUCUCGGUAUUGUCCAGUUCUUCAUCUCGGUUGUCGCAACUCUCUUGUUUGCGGUCCUCCCGUCCGGCAGGAUGUUCGGUGAUCGUGUUGCAGGUAAAUCGCGCAAGUAUCUUGCCAGUCAGACUUUCACCGCGAGCUAUCCUGCGCUAAAGCACUCGGCACGACUGUCAUCCAUUCUCCUUUGGAUCCUCAUUUUUGGCUGCAAGCUCACGGAAUCGUAUUUCUUCCUCACGGCGUCAUUCCGGAAUCCAAUCCGUGUUAUGGUUGGUAUGAAGAUCCAGAACUGCAACGACAAGUACUUCGGCAACGCUCUCUGUAGGAACCAGGCGGCAUUCACAUUGACAAUCAUGUAUCUCAUGGAUCUGAUCCUGUUCUUCCUGGAUACUUUCUUAUGGUGGAUUGUAUGGAACACUGUCUUCAGUAUCGCGCGCUCAUUCGCUCUCGGUCUAUCUAUUUGGACGCCAUGGAAAGAUAUAUAUACCAGGUUGCCUAAGAGAAUCUAUGCGAAAUUGCUUGCGACCUCAGAUAUGGAGACGAAGUACAAGCCGAAGGUAUUGGUAUCUCAGAUCUGGAACGCCAUUAUUAUCUCGAUGUAUCGUGAACACCUUUUAUCGAUUGAUCACGUCCAGAAGCUCCUUUAUCACCAAGUUGAUGUCGGUCAGGAUGGUCGUCGCAGCUUGCGUGCCCCGCCAUUCUUCAUCUCUCAGAAUGAUAAAGGAUUCAAAGGGGAAUUCUUCACCCCUGGUUCUGAAGCAGAGCGCCGCAUUUCGUUCUUCGCCCAAUCGCUCACUACGGCUGUUCCGGAGCCCCUCCCUGUUGACGCCAUGCCUACUUUCACGGUCCUUACCCCUCAUUAUAGUGAGAAGAUUUUGUUGUCACUGAGGGAAAUUAUCAGAGAGGAAGAUCAGAACACUCGCGUUACUCUUUUGGAAUACCUGAAGCAGUUGCAUCCGGUUGAAUGGGAUAACUUCGUGAAGGACACCAAGAUUCUCGCGGAAGAGUCGACGAUGUACAGUGGCCCCAAUCCCUUCGGUUCAGACGAGAAAGGUCAAUCUAAGACGGAUGAUCUUCCCUUCUAUUGUAUCGGCUUCAAGAGCGCCGCCCCAGAGUUCACACUUCGGACACGAAUUUGGGCCUCGCUCCGGGCACAGACUUUGUAUCGCACAGUUUCCGGUAUGAUGAACUAUGCCAAAGCGAUCAAAUUGCUCUACCGAGUCGAAAAUCCUGAGGUCGUUCAGCUUUUCGGAGGCAACACCGACAAGCUUGAGCGCGAAUUGGAGCGCAUGGCCCGUCGCAAGUUCAAGUUCGUUGUCUCGAUGCAGCGUUACUCCAAGUUCAAUCGAGAGGAGCAAGAGAAUGCCGAGUUCCUUCUCCGUGCAUACCCCGACCUUCAGAUCGCAUACCUGGAGGAGCAGCCCGCGCGCAAAGAAGGCGGCGAGGUCCGACUAUUCUCUGCUCUAAUCGAUGGUCACUCCGAGUUCAUUCCUGAAACUGGUCGUCGACGGCCAAAAUUCCGCAUCGAGCUUCCCGGUAAUCCUAUCCUGGGUGAUGGAAAAUCAGAUAACCAGAACCAUGCUAUUAUCUUCUACCGCGGCGAGUAUUUGCAGCUCAUUGAUGCCAACCAGGACAACUAUUUAGAGGAGUGUCUCAAGAUUCGCAAUGUUCUUGGCGAGUUCGAGGAGUAUUCGGUGUCGAAUCAAAGCCCGUACGCUCAAUGGGGCCACAAGGAGUUCAAACGGACUCCAGUCGCUAUAGUCGGUGCGCGCGAGUAUAUCUUCUCAGAGAACAUCGGUAUUCUUGGUGAUCUCGCUGCGGGUAAGGAGCAAACUUUCGGUACCUUGACGGCGCGAUCGCUGGCAUGGAUUGGUGGCAAGCUACACUAUGGUCACCCAGAUUUCCUCAACGCGAUCUACAUGAACACUCGUGGUGGUAUCUCGAAAGCGCAAAAGGGCCUUCACUUGAACGAAGAUAUCUACGCUGGCAUGAACGCGUUUGGUCGUGGUGGUCGCAUCAAGCACACGGAGUACUACCAGUGCGGAAAGGGUCGUGAUCUUGGAUUCGGCACCAUCUUGAAUUUCCAGACGAAGAUUGGUACCGGAAUGGGCGAGCAAAUGCUGAGUCGAGAGUACUACUAUCUUGGUACACAGCUUCCCAUUGAUCGCUUCCUGACAUUCUACUAUGGUCAUCCUGGGUUCCAUAUCCACAAUAUGCUUGUCAUCUUGUCGGUGCAGGUGUUCAUCACGACCAUGCUCUACUUGGGUACUCUCAGGAAUCAGUUAACUAUUUGCCAGUACAAUUCGGCUGGCCAGUUCAUCGGCACUCCCGGCUGCUACAACUUGACACCUGUAUUCCAAUGGAUCAACCGUUGUAUAAUCAGCAUCUUCUUGGUGUUCCUGAUUGCGUAUCUCCCUCUCUUCCUCCAAGAGCUCGUGGAACGUGGAACGUGGAAAGCGAUUCUUCGAUUGAGCAAGCAUUUCAUGUCAUUGUCCCCCGCUUUUGAGGUGUUCGCGACCCGAAUUUCUUCUCACUCGAUCGCCAGCAACCUGACAUUCGGUGGUGCACGGUACAUUGCCACUGGUCGUGGUUUUGCAACGACGAGAAUAUCGUUCAGUAUCCUAUACUCCCGAUUCGCCGGUCCAAGUAUUUACCUCGGUAUGAGGUUAUUGGUCAUGUUGCUAUAUGUGACCAUCACCUUAUUCACCGGAUGGGUGGUCUAUUUCUGGGUCACCGUCCUCGCUCUCUGCGUUGCGCCAUUCCUUUUCAAUCCUCACCAGUUCUCUGCGGCAGACUUCAUUGUUGACUACAGGGAGUUCUUGCGAUGGAUGAACCGUGGCAACUCCCGCGUUCACCAAAAUUCAUGGAUCGGUUACUGUCGAUUGUCACGAACGAUGAUCACUGGAUAUAAGAAGAAAAAGCUGGGCCAUCCUUCGGAGAAGUUGUCCGGUGAUGUCCCUCGUGCUGGCUGGCGCGCCGUCAUAUACUCUGAGGUUGUUUUCCCAGUCGUCAUGGCUGUCCUCAUGGUUGUCGCCUAUAUGUUCGUGAAGUCAUUCCCCGUCAACGGCCUUCAACCACCGAGCCCGCUCAUUCGUAUUGCGAUUGUAUCUCUUGGCCCUAUUGUCUGGAAUGCUGCAGUUUUGCUUGUCCAGUUCAUGAUCUCCUUAUUCUUGGGACCUCUAUUGGACACUCCAUACCCGAAAUUUGGCUCAGUAAUGGCGUUCGUGGCACAUUCCCUAGGUGUCAUUGGCAUGAUUGGAUUCUUUGAAUUUUUGUGGUUCCUCGAGUCAUGGAAUGUUGCGCAUGCCGUCCUUGGUCUCAUCGCUGUGAUUUACAUACAGCGCGCCAUCCACAAAGUGCUCAUUUCGGUGUUCCUCUCCCGAGAAUUCAAACAUGACGAGACGAACCGAGCUUGGUGGACGGGUAAAUGGUAUGGCCGCGGUCUGGGAUCACACGCCAUCUCGCAACCUGCCCGCGAAUUCAUUGUCAAGACUAUCGAAUUAUCACUGUGGAGUUCUGAUUUCCUCACUGGACAUUUUCUCCUCCUCAUCCUUACUCCACCUAUAUUGAUACCUUACGUUGAUCGUGCCCAUUCGACAAUGCUUUUCUGGCUCCGCCCUUCGAAACAGAUUCGAGCACCUCUGUACUCGAUCAAACAGAAGCGUCAGCGUCGAUGGAUCAUUAUCAAAUACGGCACUCUUUACGUAUUGGCCAUCGCCUGCAUAGCAGCACUAAUUGCCAUUCCGCUCGUUUUCCGCGAAGAGCUGCGGAUCAGCUUUGCACUUGUACGCUUUUUGCCUUCGUUGUACGUGAUGGACUUUGCGUUAGCUCUCAUACGGAGACGGACAUUUAUGCCUCGCGAAGAUUGUUAUUGCCUUGACUGCAAGGCAACAUUUCCUAACCCGUACUACGGGUCAACAAGCGACGUCGCUUCAUCUCAGCGAUUCUCUGGAGCAGAGACGAAGCCAUAUACUUCAGCCACUAACGCAAUGAUUCAAACUGCGUCUAGGGGAGGUAAGAGGAGGCGCGGUCCUCGAGUGACACGACGAGAGAAACAGCUACCAAGUCACCAGGACGACGGUGUGCCCGCGGAAGAUGAGUGGGCCACGAUGCAGCGCCUUGGAAAAUUUGUUGUUGAUAUCUACGAGCUAUGCUCGGACUCAGAUUCAGAAUCUGAGGAUGACAACUCCGAUAGCUCAAGCAGUGAUGACAGCUCCAUCGUCAACGAGUCUGGAUCGAAAUCCAAAGUGAGGCAAGUUACUUUCAAGAAAGGAGAUGAUGCAAUCCUUCAUUCCGUAAAAGAUGACCAAGACGAUGUUUGGGUAGGAAUGAUCUCAAAAAUCCGCAAACGGCACAAUGAAGAUGAGGUAUGGGUUCAGGUAAUGUGGUACUGGUCUGGUACAGACUUGUCUAGCCUCCUCAAAACAUUCAAUGCCCUUGAUUUGUCACCAUAUGAACGUGCAGCAUCCGAUCUUUCUGAUUUUGUAUCUGCAAGAUCAUUUCUGGCAGUGACCUAUGUUCAUGAGUUCCAUGAAGAUGAUGUUGACCAGAUAGAUAUUGGCCCACAUGAUCUAUUCUCCAGGUCAACCUUACAGUUUCGCAAGCGUUCAUUGCAACCUAGGCCUGGAACAGACACCUGUUUCUGUAACUCAACAUAUGUCCUAUAUCCUUCCAAGCACCUUGAGAAAGGUGGUAUCAUAGGUGUUCGCUUGCUUGCAGGUGACCCAGACUCAGACUUUGAUUGUCCAUUGCUGGAGUGGUUUACCCAACCCAAUGGUGACAUGGAUGCCUAUGAGUUGAACAUGAAUGAUCUCCGAGACAGCUCCUCCAGCCCUCCUGUUUCCCCAACUGGAGAUUAUGAUGGACCACCAAUGUCGGCCUCCCUCGCCACAGCCCUCAAUAUAAUGGCAAAGCCAUCAGUACUGAAGGACCUACCGGCUUCAUUGGUGCAAGUCGCCCAGUACCCCAUUGUCCGCCGUUCGGGGCCUCCGAAGGAUGGUUGGUCAGCGGUUGGUAACGGAAGGGAGGUAGCCCUUGCACGCCGUCUCAUAUAUGCCGCCUUUGAAGGUGCAAACUCGGAUAGUAUUGGGUCGAUUUAUGACAAGCUUGUGACCAAUGGUGACGCAAAAGAGGAUGUGGCCUUACUCGAAGAGCUCUCUGAUAAACUAGUCCAAUACAGCAUUUUGGCGUCUCCUUAUAAGCCGUACUGGGAGCGACGCGGCGGCGAGUUACAGGCUGAGACAUGGAUUUCGGCGGACUUACUUACCGAGUCGUUCACUGUACCUGUCACUAAGCAGCUGAACACUGGGUCAAGUACGGAUGUCGCGGGAGUCGACCAGCUGCGUGCUCAGAUGUUUCAAGCGCAUUCAAAUCUCGAUAGUGGUCAGUCGGUAGCGUCGGCGAAUUCCAGCAUGGACAUGACUGCGCAAAAUCAAGUAGUUAGCUAUGUUGCAACGAUCGGCAUUGGGAGCCCUCCUACGAAUUGCAAGUCAUUCUUACCCGCAUCAUUUGGUUUCCAGAAUGAUUCAAUUGCCCGCAGAUUCCCUUAUAAUCGACACCGGAAGUUCAAACACUUGGAUAUGUUUUCUGUCACGUAUGGCUCAGGAAACGUGGCCGGCUAUGAGGUCCUGGAUGAUGUCGGAUUGGGAUCAGGACCGGCUAUUCAACACCAGUCGAUUGGUGUGGCAGUAUAUGCAAGUGGAUUCGACGGAGUCGACGGUAUCUUGGGUAUUGGACCACUCGAUUUGACUCUUGGGAGUCUAAUUCUAGACAAAACCGAAUGCGUGCCCACAGUACCCAUCAACGCUCAGUUACAGGGGCUUACCAGAGGGAACGAAGUGGGUAUAUUGUUCACGCCACCGGACGCCACAGGACAGUCUCAAGGGGAACUCUCGUUUGGCGCAGCGAACGAUGAUCUUUGCGAGGAACCUAUCAAUUUUGUCCCGAUCACAUCACAUUCCCCCGCUAACAAGUACGUUGGGAUCGACCAGUCCGUAAAAUAUGGCAGCACGGAGAUUCUUUCACAAACCUCGGGUAUCGUAGAUACAGGAACAACACUUCUCCUGCUCGCAACAGAUACGUUCCAAUUGUACAAGAACCUCACCGGAGCCACCAUGGACGACACCACAGGACUUUUGCGAAUAACACCACAACAGUUCUCGAGUCUGAAAAGUCUGUUCUUCUCAAUUGGUGAAAUGAUAUACGAGCUCAUCCCCAACGCACAAAUUUGGCCUCGAGUGCUGAAUUCGGCACUAGGAGGAGAUCCAAACGCCAUCUACCUCAUCGUAUCUGACAUUGGAACGCAGUCAGGAAGCGGACUCGACUUCAUCAACGGCAUGACGUGGCUUGAACGUUUCUACGUGGUAUACGAUGCUGGAAACUCACGAGUCGGGUUCGCCAAUACACGGUACACGAAAUCCGAGUCAAAUUGA